AUGGAAAUUUGUAGAAGAGGUAGUGCCUGUUCGCCCUCUUCUUUCCUUUUCCUCAUCCUCUUCCUCCUCUUCAUUUCGUCCUCUUUCCCAUCUCUCACUCUGUCCGCCUCCUUCCGCUGCCACCCAGAUGAUAAAAACGCCCUACUAAACAUCAAGAAAUCCAUAGACAUCCCCAAAGAUUCUUACGUCCCCUGGGAUCCCAACACUGACUGCUGCGAGUGGGAGGACGUCACCUGCGACCCCAACACCAACCGCGUCACUGGUCUGGAGUUUCGUAUGAUCACCGUCUUCGGCCAAAUCCCAGCUAGCAUCAGCAACCUUCCUUACCUUGAAACCUUUGUCUUGGCCCUUUUGAAGAACGACAAACUUCCCGGUUGCAUCCCCGACUCCUUCGCCAAGCUCCACAACCUCAAGAGACUGGAGAUCAGUUGGAGCCCUCUCUCCUGCCGCACCCCCGAAUUCCUUGGCCAGCUUAAAAACCUGGAGUACCUCGACCUCUCCCAUAACAAACUCCACGGUCCAAUUCCGUCAUCACUCGCGAAUCUCAGCAAGUUAGUACAUCUUCGGCUCAACGACAACAAACUCACCGGCAGGAUUCCCAACUCACUAAGUGCGUUAAACGUCGAACUGAUCGAUUUGUCCUUCAACAAGCUUACAGGAGACGCGUCGAUGUUUCUGAGAGCCGACGGAAAAGUAAAGGAUAUCCUUUUGACGGGGAAUCGACUGGACUUUGAUAUGUCCAUGGUGGGGUUUCCAAAGAACCUGAAGGCGCUGCAUAUUGGGGGAAACAGGAUUCGAGGAAGAAUUCCGGAGCAAGUGACGGAGUUGAAACGACUGGAAGCGUUUGAUGUGAGCUUCAAUCGUUUGUGCGGAAGGAUUCCUGUGGGUGGGAAUAUGCAGAAGCUUAUUGCGAGCUAUUUUUAUCAUAAUCGGUGUCUGUGUGGUCUGCCACUCCCCAACAAGUGCAAGUCGUAA